GGGGACGUGCCGCGAGCGCGCAGUCCCGCCGGGAACCCGGAAGCAGAGGCGUGGACCAGUCCGGGUUUGGGUUCCCCAGCCGAAGACCCCACGAUGGCGCGGGAGGAGGAGCUGACAUCUCGCGCGCCUGCCAGCUCUCAGACGCUGCUGGACACUCUGCUCCAGAACCUCUACGACCUUGGGGAGAGGAAAGAUGAAACAAAACAGAGACGGAUCAAAAACAAAAGGGAAAGCAAGAAGAGAGAUUUGAGCACCACACCAGUGUUGGCAGCGGGACCAGCUCUUCCACUCGAUUCUCUUGGAAGAGGCCAAAGGAAAAGUGCUUCCAGCUUCUUCAAGGAACUCAGGGAAGAGCUGCAUUGUUCUUCUGCUGUGACUCCCACACCUUUCCCUUCAGAACCAGAAGUCCUUGCUGCAAAAUCUCCGUCUCCCCUGAAGAACAACAGGGAGCUAGUAGAAGUGAUAGAAUUUCACAGCAGACACCAAAAAAGAAAACUGAAGCCUGCCCAAGAUGAGAACCCAAAGACUAAAACCAGUGUCCUUGAGAAAGAUGUGGAUAUACAAGAAUUUAACUUAGAAAAGGCUCGUUUGGAAGUGCACCGAUUUGGAAUCACGGGUUAUGGAAAAGGAAAGGAAAGGAUUCUGGAACAGGAGCGUGCUAUUAUGCUGGGUGCUAAGCCUCCCAAAAAUAGUUAUGUUAAUUACAAGGUUUUGCAGGAGCAAAUCAAAGAAAAAAAGGCAGCAAAGGAAGAAGAAAAGAGAAUGGCCCAGGACACAGAUAUUUUCAAGAAAAAGAAGAGGAAAGGUCAGGAAGACAGGAAAUCCCAAAAGAAGAAAUCGGCACCCAGUAUUUUGUCAAGUGGACGGGUUGGACAGGUUGGCAAAUUCAAAAAUGGCACAUUGAUUCUGAGUCCAGUUGAUAUCAAGAAAAUAAAUUCUUCCAGAGUGGCUAAAUGAAAUACUUUAUACACUAAAAAGAGGAGUGGAAAUGUGCCAUCUGGCUGAGACUGGGCGACUACAAGACUUGAAGAUGACUCUUACUUACUUCACAUUUCACAGACUACUUUUUUAUAUUAGAAACAAAAAUAGAAAUAAUACAUUUCAAGUCACUCAAGUGUCUGUUUUUUGGUGUUGAACAUGUUGGGCCAACUGUAGUGUAGUAUAAAGCAAGUCUACUGAAGAUAAUGUUUAAUAUUUCCCAGCAAGGCUCACUCUUGUUUUGUUUUCACUAGUGUUUUUUGCAUUUGCAUGUAACAUAGUUUUUCAAAAUUUUACUGUUUUGUAACUGCUAAUAAUUAACAUUAAAUUCUGUUUUAAAUUCUUUAACGAUUUAAUAUUGUUACAUCAUGAAAGAACUAAGAAUAUGGUAAUUUAUCAACUGUUUUGUAGAAAAGGCAGUUUUAAUUUUCAGUCUACCAAGUAUAUAAAAUCUACUUUGUAAGAAGUUAUUUAAAUAAAAAGUAACUUUUGUCAUAUAUAUGCCUGUGACUAUUAAGUAACACAGCUAAUGAUUUUCGCUCAUAUCCUAGGACUUUAUUCAAGUGAGUGUUGUCUCCUUCAAAGCAGUCACCUUGGGAAGCUGUAUGUAGAUUUUUAAUGGUAUUGCUUUUGCCCAAAGCUUAUGGCACAUUAAAAAAAAAAUUUCAAUGAUGAUUAUCAAUUUUGUCUUUUUUUUUUUUUUUUAAUUGCCAAAAAACUUAAAUCCAAGCCUAGUAAAUAAAGUUUUGGGCAAAAAAAAAUCAGGAGGAUAUAAAUAACUGACUUUCUUAUAUGACUUCUAAAUUGACUCUAAGGGCAUUGCCAAAUGAGGAACUCAAAAAUGUUUUGAAGAGUGUAAGCAAAACUGGAAUGAGUGUUUUGUUUUCCUGGUUUAUUUUGAAAGGCAGCAUUCACUAGGAUGUAUUUUGGUAAUUUUUAAGAAUAGUUUUUUUUUAUUUUAAAGUCUAGCUCUCAAGCACAACCAAGAAAAAAAAUCUCAGGAGCUAGAAGUGAUCUAUUUGAGUAGAGGAACUCUGAGCUGGGUCUUGAAUGUUUAACCGAUUUGUUGAUUUUUAUCGAUGCAACCACUGUUUACACUGUGUUCAGAGCCUGUGCUGGGCACUGUCCUUCACAGUGAGGAAGACUGCACGUGUCCUGCUGUAUAGAGCUGAGUAGUUAUAAAGAAAAUGUUCUACAUUCUACUUUGGUGAGUAGUAUCUGUGGUCCUAAAAGCUUGUGAGCAGCUAUCUAAGAUACUCCAUUGGUUUUACCCUGUCUGGAGCAAGGGAGAAUGAAGAAAACCAAAGAUACAAGGGAAAGAUUAGUCCUAAGGACUACUGGACCACAAGUACCACAGCCUUCACCAAAAUGAGUCCAGCACAACUAGAUGGUACCUGGCUACCACCACCGACCACUCUGACGGGGAUCACAAUAGAGAGUCCUGGACAGAGUGGAGAAAAAAUGCAGAACAAAAUUCUAACUAAAAAAAAAAAAAAAAGAC